CCCUCCCUAGCUCAAGGUCGGGAUCCAUCACUGGUUAAUAUUUUUGUUUGCUCGACGUACUCAGGACAAAAUAGACUGUGGGCAGAUGAUCGUGCAGUUUAAGUAGGUCAUAUUGUUUAUGGCGUCAGUGAAAACGCCGUCAUGCGAAACCUUGUUUCCUUCGCUAAGCGCCGCUGUUCGCACUUCAGUAAAACUUAAAGGAACUUGGCUCGUGGUUGAGAUCCUCUUGUUUGUCCGUUUUCACAGUAAGUCAAAUUACGAUUCGUAUCGCGUGACUCUAUGAAAAUGGUCGUGGGAUUACUGACAGCCCAAAUUAUUUGCAUAAUGAUGUUUCCGACAAACUCUAGAAUUAGCAUAACGGUCUCAUCCAUUCAUAAUAACGGUUGACUUGUCGAGAACCUUCAAGGAUGGCAAACAACGCUUGAGUUCCGUGAGAAGCUUUCAAAGAUGGGAAGUAGACACAAGCGAGUUCCAGUAUUUUCAUGGUUGGUGUCGAAUAUUUGGUGAGCAAGUAGUAGCCGCCAGCCGGCGAUUUUGUCAUUUCCUCGAUAAUUCGGAGUUUCUGCGGCUAAAGUUUGUUGUUGGUUCUGCCUUGUUUCGGUUUAUUUGACGUUUUAAAACCCACAUGGUCACAGAGGUAGCGAUGCUUGAGCUCAUGACGACGCUACUCACCUUAUUCGCUCCGAGUUUGAUGUUAGUGGCUUCAUCUCAUUCAGGUGAAUGGUCCGAGUGGAGUGCGUGUUCUAAAACAUGUGAUGAAGGAGUUCGGAUGAGAAACAGGACAUGUGAAUCGUGCAACACAACGCUACAGACACAGAGCUGUAACCGUACACCUUGCCAAGAUAUGCAAACCCAGAUUGGUGUGGUCGUUGUGGUAUCAAUUGCUGUGAUGUCCAUCAUGACAGCAGUGCUUGUCGUCAUCUUCUUUGUCAAAGGAACAAACUCCAGAAAACCAAGGGCAAGGUAAGUGAAAAGAAACAUUUUACGCCACUUGAUGUAUUCUUUCAGUCUGAAGACCGAAAUGCUGUAAAAUUCGCAUCAUAACUCUUUGCUCAUUGUGUUCAUAACGAUAUUUGGUGGCCUCUUUUUCCUUCCACUAGCGCACAAGUAUAAGCAUAGGCAACAUACCCAGACGCAGUGGAGUGAUGUUAAGUAGCGCCUUUUGUUAAGAAAUUAUCAUAAAUAAGGGCACUAAUUAUCAACAUGAUACUGCUUUUGCAUAUGUCGGCUUAAGCCUGAUUUUCACUAGCGACGCAAGCACAAGCUCAAGCACAAGGGCAAGCCCAAACGCAAGCAAUAGAGAUGACCCAAUGAAAACGAAAUUGGACGCAAACCCAAGCACAAGCAAAAUCAUCCGGUUACCUUCCGUCAUUUUAGAAAACUGUUUGGGUGCGAGUUAAUCUGUAUCCAGCGUUUUCAUUGGCCAAACAUAACCGCGUGUGGUAAAUAUCCUUGUGCUUGUGUUACGCCUGAACGUUGUUUC